UUUAUUUAUAACCAAUUAUAAAAGCAACUCCCGCCAACACCGAGCAGGGCUGAGCGGCGGUUCGCCGAGGCGGGGUGCGGUGGGGCCAGGCAGGGCACAGCUCGGCCCCCAUCGCCGCCAUCGCGUAGGAAAUGCGCAGAUACAUCGUGGGGGCCUGCACCGAGAGAAGGUGGGGGGAGGAGGGCCGGGCCGGCACAGGCGCCUCCGAGGGAGCCCAGGGCUCGGCUCCAAGGCGGGCACGGACGCUCCGGGUGCGCGGUCGCUGCCUGUGCCCGUGGUAGGGCUCCGCCGCCCCGCAGCCGCCGCCAUCGCUCAGCAGCGGCGCUGCCGCCUCCCUUCAGCGCGUCCCCCCCCAGCGCGCGGCGGGCGGGAAUGGCGGAGCGCGCUGACAGGGCCGCACAAGUUGACGGGCCGCGCUCUGCCGGCGGGAGGAGGAAUCUGAGGCAAAAGCCGAACAGGAUCGCGGGCGGGAGCAUGGAUCGAGGGCUACGGGAGCUCGCCGGGCCCUCAGGCAGCCGGGGCAACGGCAACCAGCAUCAAGCGUGAAAUGACCUUCCCUGCAUUUCAACAGGAGGAUGUAAAAACUGACAUCGGUCAAAAACUGCCAGACCAACAGCUUCUCCUGUUCACCACAAAGGAGGAAGAUCUAAAAACAGCAGAGACCAAAAAAACAAGCAGAGUUCAUGAGUAUGAGAAGGAAAACACUCGUUCUGUUUGUCUUCUGGAACAGAAGCGCAAGGUUGUUUCUUCAAAUAUUGAUGUGCCUCCAGCAAGAAAAUCUCUGGAAGAACUGGACAUGGAUAAAGUGACAGCAGCCAUGGUACUGACCAGUUUAUCCACCAGCCCGUUGGUUCGCAGCCCUCCCAUCCGGCCCAACGAAUCUCUAAAUGGAUCUUGGAAAGAAGGAGGAUUUGUGCCUUCUAGUACCAGCAGCAGUGGAUACUGGAGCUGGAAUGCUCCCAGUGACCAGUCCAACCCAUCCACCCCAUCUCCACCACUGUCAGCUGACAGCUUUAAAGCUUUUCGAACACCUUCCCAGCCAGAUGAUGGCAUUGAUGAAGCUGAAACAAGCAACCUUCUCUUUGAUGAACCCAUCCCUCGGAAGAGAAAGAACUCAAUGAAGGUGAUGUUCAAAUGCCUGUGGAAAAACUGUGGAAAGGUACUGAGCACAGCUGCAGGGAUUCAGAAACACAUACGGACCAUCCACCUUGGACGCGUAGGAGAGUCUGACUACAGUGAUGGAGAGGAGGAUUUUUACUAUACAGAAAUCAGGCUCAACACGGACUCAGUAGCUGAUGGCUUAAGCAGUCUUUCCCCAGUCUCUCCGUCUUUAGCAUCUCCUCCUUCCUUUCCCACCCAAGACGCAAUCCGUCCUGAAACUUCCUGUGCCAAAACUGAGACUAAAUUGAUGACACCUCUGAGCCGCUCAGCUCCUACCAACCUCUACCUCGUACACACGGACCAUGCUUACCAGGCCACUCCUCCGGUGAACAUUCCAGGGUCAACAAAAUUCACUCCCAAUGGCAGUAGCUUUAGCAUCUCUUGGCAGUCGCCUCCAGUUACCUUCACCGGCAUUCCAGUCUCACCAACUCACAGUCGUCCUGCCGGGAGUGGAGAGCAGAAGCAGUCCCACACGGUUCUGUCAUCACCGCCCAGAGUAGCGUUUGGCUUGAGGAAGCCGAGAGGGGAGGGGAAGAAGUGUCGGAAGGUCUAUGGGAUGGAGAACAGAGAUAUGUGGUGCACUGCCUGCCGCUGGAAGAAGGCCUGCCAAAGGUUCAUCGACUGAACAGUGAAGUUAUGCAGAGGAUUUAGGAAUGGGGGAGGACAACGACGGGACCAGAUUGCUACGCCUGCACUGUGUCACUUCCCGUUUGCCUCCAGUGAUGUGGUGUUGGGGUUUCUGUUUUACUGUUUGUUUUUUGAUUCGGUUUUUGUUGUUUUGUUUUUUUUUUUACAAAGAGAGCUUUGUAUUUCAAAGAGAAGCACUUGUAGCCAAGGAGAAGCACUAAUUAAAACCUGUGUGGAGCAAUAGAGCAAAAAAAAUACAAAUAAAAAGCAAAACCAAGAACACACAACAAAAUUCUGUCUUACAAAGUAUUGACACCGGAGCAGCUAUCAGUGUUUUUCUGUUUUUUUUAAAUAAUAAAAAAAAGGAACAGUUAAUUCCUUGCUAACUCUCUGAGCUACUUGCUCCUUAGGGUCAUUUUUAACCAUUUCAAUCUCUUUGCUGCCAGCGUCUGUAUUUGCUAAACUGGACAUUUUUUCUUUUCCUGAAACGAAGAUCUCUUUUUGAAAGCUUUCUAAUAAACACUUCAGAGUCAUAUAAGCUACAGUUUACUCUACAAAAGCUGUACUAAGACUGGAGACUGCUAAAUAAUUCUCCUGAUACGAAUGAUCACGAUGAUAUUAUAUUUUUGGAAAGGGGCUGUGGGAAGGAGUUGGGAUUUUUGCUUGUUUCUUUUUAGGAGAAAAGAAAAGCCAGAAUUUUCCAGAAGGACAAACUGCUCCUGGAAGGGUUUUAAACCAUGCACAGACCAGCAGGUUGGAACGGAGUAACUCAUGUACCAAAUUGGAUUUCGCCCCUUUGGAGGAAGAAAAGCAGCAAUGGAAAGUCACCAGCAGAUACCGUCACCGCCGAAGUGGAGGGAAGAAAUGCAGUGAUGGUUGAUGGAAAUCCCUGAGAAUAUAACGGGGGUCCGGUAGCUCUUCUUACCACUCUCCCUGUUUGUAGGGAGGAGCGACAGCUGGACCAGCACAUGUAAAGAGCUGGGAAAUGCAGCCACUAGGAUUGCAUGUAGUACCUGUUCAGGGAUACGAUCCAGGCCGGCAGUUCUGCUCUUGCUUCCUUUUCUCUUAUUUGAGAGAUGGUUAUGAUAAUGGUUUGCUCAGCAUUUUUUUUCUACACAUUAAAGUUGCUAAAAUUUAUUUUGCGCAAAAAAAACGGUAAAGAAAAUACAACAUCAUCAUCUCAGAAAAAGAAGUACAACAGCAAAGGAGCAGCAUGUGUAUGGUAAAAGUCCAUUUCUUAACUCAUUUUGAUAAACAAAUUAACGGGUUUCUAUACUUGCAGAUUUUGGAAAGAUUGGGUACUAAAGUGUCUCCAUUAGAAAGUAUACACCUGAACGUGGGAAGCUGUGCUCUGUUUCAACUUAUAUGGAAUUACCAUUAACUGACCAUUAUUUCAAUGCAGAAAUAAAAUAAGGAUUUACUAUGAUAUGAAUGUAUACCGUUAAAUGACACUUGUCUGUUAAACAAAGCAAGACACCUUAAGGGGGACAAAAAAAAAAAAAAAGCAGAACUUUGCUUCUUACUGGAGGCACAGAGGCCCAACGUUUCUGGAUUUUUUUCUUCAUACCAUUUGAAAUUAGACCAGAUUUUUGUUGUUGUUGUUAAUUAUCUAAUCUGCCUUGUCCUCCCUGAGAUAAGGGACUCUUAAUUAUCCUGACGGCUUUCUAAAAUCUGGUCCAAAGUUCACUUGAUGGCUUUAUUGAGCAUGCACUGCUGCUUACGCCUGGGUGAAAGCACAGAACAACGCAGGCGUUGAGAACACGCACUAGGAAUUCAGCAAAGCUGUACUGAGAAGUGAAGGAUAUAAUAGGAGCUACUGGAGGAUGUCAUCUGGGUUUUUUGUUUUUUUUAAACAAGUUAAUUGGGCAAUCAGAUGCAUAAUUUGAGCAUGCUAUUUCUGCAGUUGUUUACAAAUUGUGUAAUUUACAUGCACAAGCAGCAAGAUGUGCUUGCGUGCACGCGAUUUCUUGCUUAUUUGCCUAUUGUGUUCUGUAAGUCAUUUAGAAAAACAACGGGAGAUAGGCUCAAAAACAUAGACCCUGCAGUACAUGCAUGUAUGUAUGUGUAUAUCUAUCUAUACAUACACAUACGUAUGUGUAUAUACAUAUAAGAUCUGUGUUCAAAAGGGAGGAGAGAGAUUGGACAUCCAUAGCCACUGUCCUAACAUCAUUAUUUCUCAGCAAAAUAUUGUGCAUGUUGUAUUGUUUUUGGUUUCCUUAGUAAAACGCCUCUGGUAAUUCGUAGUCUCAAAUUCCAUCUUCUGACACUGAGUUUGUUGUUUGCAUAUUACUGUGGUUGGACUUAAAAGACCUGGGUCUUUCAGUGAUGCUUCUGCCAAUUUGCCCCUAUUUUUAUAAGCACUGCUAGAGUGAUUAUAAAGCAUUUUGUAGUUAAUUUGGCUAUUGUAAGACCUUCAGUAUUUGCUUAUCUAUUUGUUCUGCCCCUCCUUUUGUGUUUUGCCUGUUUGCUUUGGAGGGUUUUGUAAAAAUAAUGUAUUAGAAUGUAUGUUGUUUUCAUGUCAUGGCAUCAUGAGCACCUUUCCUGAGGGCACUUUACGAAUUAUUGUAAUAAGAUGAUUCUUCAUAGAUUUCUGCACAGAAGAUUGGUGUUGUUGUCAGCACAGAUCGCCCUCUGGUACACAUUUGAUAAGGAUUACAUAUAGGCACAAGAGCUGCAAGUCAUCAGGUGUGACAGAGAGUUUUUGUUGAGAAGCUGAGACCAGAAAAUGCUUCACCUGCCAUAAAUCCUGCCAAAGGACAAAGUUAAGCGAUCCAUAUUUUCACACCAGCUGCUAUCAGCAGAGUUUAUAUUGAAUGAGUUUUGCAUCUUUAGGCUGCGGCAUUCCUAGUGCCGCAUCUUGCUCGUGGCCUGGGGUGGCACAGCCCUUCUGCUGCCUGGGGCCUUCCCCCAGAGCUUCGGGCCUCAAGCUCAGAUUGACGCCUGUCCCGGCAUUACCCAGCGCCAUCUGGACUAACUUCUUCCUUUUCUUUAUGUAUCGCUUCAGUGUUGUUUCACGCUCUGUUACUGGUCUGCUGAUGCCUGCUUCGUGUCUGAAUUCUGCACAGUCCUUCCAGAACGAGUAAGAUUCUUUGUUUCCCAAGGAAGAACUGCCUUGAAGGGUGGCUCGAACCUUUGCCCGUUUGUCACCAUCGGUACCCACCGUUUCCCAAAAUUUCUGCUUUCAUAGUUUAUAAGCUGUCAUCUCUGACCUUCCUAAGAAGUUGGGAGGAGUGGCCAGAGCUCAUGGUGCAGUGUCUGUGCUGUGGGUGCUUGGGCAUGUGUGCGCUUAUGGCAUGAGCCGGGACCUGUCCCUGAGGUGUAAGGAUGGAAGGAUCUGUGUUAGCACUGUGACCACGCAUUGCCAUUGGUGCUGCUUACAGAAGCUGCCCGCAUCAGUGUCCCAGUGGCUCUCAGCAGCAUAGCUGCCCAAUCUUUUUCUUCAGUUUUCUUGUUUAAACAAACCUGCUUCCCAUGUCCCUGUCUAUUCCACCCCUAACGACCAACAAAAAAAUCUGGAAAAUAAGGUAUUUUAAGAAAUGAAGUUUGAAAAUGUGAUUGUGUUCCAUCUGCUCCUCUGUGAAAUAGCAGCUCUUGGACAUUACAAACUCCCGUCAUCGUAUUCAUAACAUUUGUUUCCACCCCAGUGUGCCUGAUUCUCUAGUGCCUUGCACGAGUGUAAGAGGUUACACAAGAUGCAAAGUGAGCAAAAGCUCUUCCACAAAGCAGCGUGCAGCUCUGUACUUGCUUGCGAUCAAUACCGGUCAUGGCGUGAGCCAGACCCGCAGGGCCUGCCUGUGACUGAGCUGGGCAGAGAGCCAGUCCCUCGACUUGCUUUGCCCACAUCAGCAGCCUGCUGUGGUCAUCAGCUGUCUGACCAUGGUGUGGAUUCCUCAUACCAUUCUGUCACCUGCAUCGCUCUCUUCGUUCCUUCUCCCCUUUGCCAAGAUAGCAAACAGGCAGACGGCGGAAGACAAAGCUUUCCCAGAAAGUUCUCACAGGACGUGCAUUUAAGAGCAGAUUCCAGCUCUGUCUCUUGUCCCAGACGUGGAUUUCCUUGCCCCAGAACACUGCGGUUUUCAUUUAUCCCGACCCGCAGGACAGGCUGUGGUUUCCUGUUAGUGCUGUGGGCUGGGAGCAGCUGGAGCCGCCCUGCCCAGGAUGCAGGGCAGUCAGACACAGCUGUAAGCGUGGCAAUGCAACGUGAUUUCUUUCAUCCUUUCUCUGUAAAUCUGUUGAAAAACCACAUCAGAACACAGGCAUGAAAUGCAAAGAUUGCAGGCCACAGGUAGAGAUCCAGCAGGCUAUAGGAGAGGCUUGUUCCUGUUUAAAUUGAAGUCAUUUGUAGGGCUGUGCUCUCCUUUUCUUAAAAACACGUGGAUCAGGAUAUGUUUGUGAAGUCUCACCUUCGUCUUCUGUUUCCACGUUAUUGCAUCUUCCCAUGAGUGAUGGCACCAGAGCUGAGAGCUGCACCGAGCACUGGGUUUAGCCUGCGCCUGGCAGGGGUUAGCGGGCAGCUGGCUGGAGGCUGCUGGGAAGCAGCGUUGUGAGAUUUUGGGCUAGUGGACAUGGGAGCUUUAUGACACCGCUAGCAAAAUAACUGGUAAAGCAUUAGCAAAAACCCAAGAACAAGGUCUGCUUCUGAUGGCACCAAGCAAAAUAAAAUCCUUGUUGCUCCUUUUUGUGCCUAUGUUAGCCGCAAGAAUUCAUUUGAAAUGUGAGGGAAUGGAUUAAUUCAUUGACAAGCCAGUUUUCUGCUUUUAUAACACAUAACACCAAGAUUUUUUUCCUUCGCUGUGAAAGGGAGAUAUCUAAAAUGCCCAUGAGAUGAAUUAAUUAAGCAGUGGAAAUACUAUUUCAGCUUUUAAGUUACUGUGGACAGUACACAGUAUUGCACUGUCAGGGUAGGGUUUCAAGAUUAAAUCCAGAUUCUUGAUGCACUUCCUCGCUAGGCGAGAACUCUGAUGUGCUUAAAUGUUCAUUUUUAGCAUCUUUGCCAAAUGGGAGAGGCCACGUUUUCUAACUUACAUUUAAAACCAGCCCUGUUCAAAAAUUUAUGUUUGACCUCAGAGUCUUUAUGUUACUGUGUUCUUCCCUACGGCCAUUCACAUACAAUGUGUAAUGUGCAGAUAAACUGAAGUUACUGAACUGUUUAUACACAAUGCCUUGGGAACACUAACAAAAAAAUAGAUACGGUUAAUACAGAUUUCCUCAGGGACCAUAGGAAGGCUGCAGAGGCAGGAUGUAGUUUUAUUUGUAUGGAAGAUGGGUGAGAAUUUAUUAUGUAUAUAUCUUUUGUAUUCUAGGCAAAUUUAAAGAGCAAUAUGUCACUACUUGAAUUAUUAAACUUAGAAGGAAGCACUAAUUGGUGAACACGAUCUCACUUAACACUAUAGCUUAUGAAGUUCCAAAUACAAAACAGACAUUUCAGCUGUUAGAAAAAUGUAGGAAAUGAGCUUGAACCAUAACCUAAAUAUAGUACAAAUGUAUACGUUUGUAUAAAUAUUUUCAGAACAUGCUGUAAAUAUGAAGGGUUCUUGUUUAUAUGAUUGCUUGAUUGAAGCGUACUUUGUUUAGAAUUGAACUACUUCUUACCAAUUUGUUUCAACAAGCAAAACAAAGAACACACUAACAUGAUACCCCAGAGGGUUUUUUGCAUUGCAAAGGGAAUGUGGGAAAGAAGAAACGUUGUACCUGUAUAUUCUACCAUGUGAAAGCAUUUCUUAGAUAGGUAAGAGGUGUCUAUUAGUUGCCAUCAAGUGGAGAAGAACUUACUUGAGCACAUCAGGAAGAAGUGGGUGAGCUGCAUCAGAGUGUUGCCCCACCUAUGGCGCACGCAACGCUCCUGGAGGCACAGGGCUCUGAGGACAUAAGGAAAUAAGGAAGUUCAUGUGAAACACUAAGAUAAUGUGCUUUUAAGCCACAAAUGAUGAUGUCCCCAGAAAUGAUGAUGAUGUGCAAUUUUCUAGUGCUAAAGAGCUCAGUACUUUUACUGCAAAGAAAAUAGUAGCCUUAUUAGCAAGGUGCAAUACUUAUGAAGGGCUAAACUGUGGAAACAAGUGGUGUGUGGGUACAUCACUGCCAAACGUGCACUCUUGUAAAACUAGCUUCUAUAGCACUGGGAUCUUAGUACUUCUCUGAAAGUAUUGUGUUGGUAUGAUUUUAUAACCAUUUAUUGUAAGUUGUGAAACAGAAUUUGGGAUUUCAGAAGAACCAGAAGAAAGAGGGGAAGCUGUAAAUUAUAUAGCAUGGUGGUAUGUUGUCUUCUGUGGCAGAAGUAGGUUAAACACCUUUACAAAGCUAUGCACAUUUUGGAUUACUGAAAAAAAAAAUCCUACCCUUGGUUACAAAAAUAGGUUAACCUGAAUUUAGUCUGAAAUUUGCAGUAAUGUCAAGAAAAUGCCUUCUUCUGAGUAAAUUUUGCUUUGUUUCUUGCAUAUUGGGCUUUAUUUAUUAGUAUUCUGAUUGUGAAGAUAUUCCUAAACUAGCAAUACUUGGCUUCAAAUUGAGUUCAUUUGGAAAUACCUUUUGAAAGGGAGAGAUUUCUUCCUUCAUUUUCCUGUAUGAUAAUGAUUUGUGCUGUUUGGAAUGGCGAGUCCAUCAAGCAAAUGGAUAUGUACAAAAAGAUUACUUUGUGGUUCUGUUAUGGAAAGGAUGUGAACGACCAAAUGGGAGGGCUGCUCACCUCGCUCCAGGAGAAUAUCUUCUCUGCAUCUGCACUGUGAGGUCCAUAGAAUAGAGGGUGCCCAGUGUGGUGCAUCCUAGGCUUUUGCUGUUAAAUAAGGACAUACUGCUGUUUUUCCAUUUCUUACUGUUCUUGUCAUCUUCUCAGAAUCUGUCUUUUAGUGAAAGAUUGGAACAGUUCCAUCUGCUGAACAGGAGGAGUUUCUUGUUUCCUUCUGACUUCCUUCAAGUAAGGGGCCAAAGGACAAGCUGAGAUUGAGGGAUGUCAGCAGCAGACUUGAGCCAUGAGGGAAGACCUGAAACAAAAUUGCUCAGGAAAGGAAAGUAGAAUGAAUCUUGUGUCUUGGCUGUUUUUACAUGUGGCUGACGCCAGUAGCUCAAGAAUAAGGUUGCACAGAGAAAACCUUAAAGCACAGUCCUCAUUCAGAUGCUGCCUUCAGGAGUGCUGUUACCUCUGGGGCCUCAUCCCCUUAGGUUUGGGUACAAAUUCUCCUUCUGCCCCAAACGCUGCACUGUCAUCUUCUAUGUGGAAGGAAGUGAUUCUGCCAGCCCCCUGGUAACCAACCUGUUUUUAUUUACUUGCCGUAAUAGAGUACUUAAUCCUGCUGGCUCAUCUUUCUUGCCCAGAUGUGUCACCUUUUCUUCAGAAGUAUAAAGCUAAAUAUGAUCAGAUAGUAAAAUUUCAGCUGUUACUAAAAAGUAGAUUGUAUGAAUGACCUACUCCUAUAAAUCAAACAGCGUUAAUGAAACCUUUGCACUGACCAUUUUUACACAGAAUGAAAGUCCAAGAGGCACUUUUCCCUCCCUUGUCAUGCAAAGUUCAUCAGGAAUUACUUCUAAUUAGUCUGAGGAGGAGACGAAGAGCAGAAGGCGUUGUUCUAAGUAGAGCACCUUGUGGUGCCUGCACAAACCCUGCCUGUUGCCACGGUCCCACACCACGUGUUUCAUCCUGCAGUUUGCAUGAGUCCAAAGCAGUCGGUUACAGAGGUCUCUCUUAUUUCAUUUACAAGCCUGAUAAGAUGUCUUGUUGCACAAUUAAGAGCAAAAUGCACAGUAAGGAGCUGAGCUUGACGCAUUCCGUUUUUUCUCAGGAGUGCUGCCAUUAGCCCUGUGAAUAACAUCAAUGACCAGGGCUGCUCCUGCGGGUGGCAGCUGUAGAGCAAAGGCACUGGAUUUUCCUCCGUGUGAUUGUUCCCUCGGGCACUGGGAAUGUGGAGCUGUGCAUGUCCCAUUCGGAGUGCUUGAAAUGAGGAACAUGCACUCAGGCUUUGGGAGAGGGGUAGAUAUGUACCUAGAGAUGUAUGCACUGCUGCUAGAAGGCCUUGGUGGGUUCCCAGUGAUAGCAGAGCGGCCAUAGGUUGGAUGUGUCAUUUAGGGGUGGAUUUAAGAGCUGCUAAGCACGUGGUAUUCUGUGUGCCAUGCAUCCCAGUGCUGCCAGGCCUGGGAAGGAGGUUUCUCAGAGCGGGAUCCAGAAUGGCUGCCAGCAGAAUCCAGAAUGGCUGCCAGUCCAUCGUGGCCUCGCUGCUAGCAGCUGCAGCACGCGCCAGGCCGGUCGCAUCCUAUGGGCCAUCCAAUGGGAGGUCACCCAGUGCUCUUUAGGGGAAUGAGUGUUCUUUUCAGAGAGUGAAAUGGGACUGCUGUGGUUUCUCCUAGCACUGCGGUUUCAAAGCAGGCUGGGUUGGCCCAAACCCAGGCUCCUGCCCUUGCUGCCAGCUUCUUCUUUUUGCUGGGGCCUAGAGAGGUCUAUCCCAGGUUGUGCUGGCUUGGACUCCUCCUGAAAGCAUGGGCCUGUGUAAAAUCCCUAAGGCUGUAUCAGAGAGUUGCUUCAUGAGUUGGUAGCUCUGCAUUUCAUGUGGCAGGCAUGGUAACAGGGCCCUGGCUUGCCUGCCUCAGCUGUGGGCUCAGCAGGGGCCUGGACACCAAACCCUACAGCUGCACUGGCACGUGAUUGCUCAGCACCCCUGGAAUACCAUUAAAAGGGGAUUGAUUUUGAUAUGAAAAUGAUGAUGUAGAGAAAAAAACAGGAGUUGUGUCAAUAAUCCUAUAUCCCAUGAGCCCAUAAGACUACAUGUUAAGUGUGGCAUGGUUUUGCUAAGCAGAUACUGGAGGUGUUAACAAGGCAUGAAAAGCAACCUCUGGGGACCUCAGUCCUGCCCUGACCUCAGGCACACCCUGGAGCCAAGCCGAUGUUAUUUGGGGUAAUUUCAGGCCAUGCAAGUUUUACUGGUGGGUGCGAUGGGGAGGUGCUCGCUCGCUCUCUGUAGAUCUCUGGGCCACAGAGAACCAGGAUACAUUUCUUGUCCUGACAGUGGAACUUUCCUAAAUAGAAAGAUCCAUCUCCUCUUGCAGAUUUUCGGUCUCUGGAGUACAGUGUCCGUACGAUGGCAGAGGGGAAUGCUGGGGCCUGGUGGGGAAAGGUUCGUAAUGUACUUGGAGAAAGAGAACAUCAGUUGCACUAUGAUUAUUUACACUGUGUGAAAAAAAAAGCAAUUAUACUUCCUAGUCACUGCUACUUAUAUUUCAUAUUUUCAAAGUGUUUCCGAUGAAGACAGGAGUGAACUUAGCACACGUUAAGAGUCUUCAGAAAAACAAAAGCCCAGUUGCCCAGAGUUCAUGAAUACAGGACUUCUUGUACACGCUGCUUGCAUAAGAUAACAGUAUCCAUGCAUCCUUUUGUCUUUUCAGUCACAAAAGGGAAAUACCUGGCUGCAUACACUGGUUUUCCUUUGAUUCCUAUCAAGUAUUGUUUUGGAGAGUAUUAAGUAAAUUGAAGUUCUUUCUCUGCUUUAUUUUUAGAACCAGAGCAUUUUCUCCUUCAGUGUAAAUUUACUUUUGUGGAGCUUUAAUGUGCUCUGCAUUGCACUUUAUAUAUUUGUCACUUGUUGGGCCAUUUAUUUUUGAUAAACAGAACAAUAAAAUUGUUGUUACUCUAGUUUUACCUAGAAAAUAACCAUGAAACUAAGAUAUUUUUUAUAAAAAUGCAAGUUCCAUAAUAUGUAGCAAAUAAACUAUUUAGGUUGGAAAUCUUUUUAACGAUAGUGUUGAGAAAUAUCAUAGCCUCUGAAAUGAUACACUAGUAAAUUCAGUACAUUAAUGGAUAACAUGAGUAUCCAUUGGAGUGAAUAAAUGCAGUAUGAAUAAACAGGAGAUCCAGCUCAAGCCAUUGGAUUCGCUCAUAUAAAAGACUUGUAUUAGUUCAAUUGAUAUGAGCCUGCGAUGGCCCUUGGCUCCGUGGGGCUGCACUCACGCGAGUAUGACCAGCCUACCAUCAGAAGCCAAUGCUGUUUCCAUUUGUUUUUUUCUGGUUUUAUCCCCUCCAACCUGGGGAACCAGUGUCCUAAAGACAAUCUUCUUGUUCCUAAGUAAGUGCGCUAAUGAACUCGUCUUCCCCCUCAUUUUGGUGUCAAGCAAGGGACCCUAGCACUGUCCACAUGUAGGUUAAUAUAAGAAUUUUUAGAUGCCCGUUUCAUUGCUUUAAAUGAAAAUCAAUUUCUCUGCCCCUGCACGUAAUCCCUUGAAAUUUUGUGGAGUAUACUGAAAAAUAAAGACAUUUAUACUUUGUCCAAAUUGUGUUUUUUCCAAAUCACAGCAGGUGCUGUGUAGGCCUGCAGCGCCCAGCCUGCAGAGUUGAGCGGUGAAGGGGACGAGGGGCUGUGAUGCCCCGUCCUAGGAAGAAUGGCAAAGCACUCUCCCUAGCUGUACACGCAGGCUCUCAGUCUUCAGUGGGAGAUGGAAAUCCCUGCAAAAGCUCCUUGUCAGCCAUGCAGCAGAGUCCCUGGCCCUCUUCAGAGGCUUCAGACACUCUGCUUUCUCAUUUCUCCAUCCAUAGGUGCCAGCAGAAGUGAACGGCUCAGCCUCAUGGUGUGAAGACAGUCCCAGCUUGAGUUACAAAUGCAGCAUCUCGCCAUUCUUUCACCAAGCCUCAGCUUCACCUACAAAAGAUGGGCAGGGCCAAGGGACUCUGAUGGAUGGUGGUUCUUCAGGCAGCACACGCUCUGCUGCCCAGCUGCUUUCUAUGUUCUUGCAUGUGUUCGAAGGAAAGUUGAAAAGAGAGGGGAGACUUUUGCAAGUAGCUGAUACUGGCAAUCUCAUUUGAUCCUGCCAAUAUCUGAGGCACUGGCGCGGAUGUAGGUGAGGUGCUUCCACUGCCGGCCACUUGUACGUGGCUAAACAUCAGCAAGCAAACGCUGUUUCUUAAGCUGAACCCCCCCCAGAGCAGCAAAAUGCCACCAUGAAGACCUCUGGUAUCUCCCUCCCUGUCUUCUUGUUGCAUUGGCGGCAGGAGGGAAGUGCAGAAAUCAUAGGAGCCCAGCCAUAACUCAUCCAAAUGCCUUUGCAUUGCUACAGGACUUAGGUGAAAAAUGUACAGACUCAGGCCCUCCAAAAUGACUCUAGGAAUUUUGCUGUUCCUUUCUAUGAAAAAAAGGAUUUAAAGUCUUUGGGUCCACAUCUGAGUUGAUUUUGCAUGCUGAAUCAAGAGCACUUCCAACAGACUUCAGAUACGUAGGCAGUCAUCCUUAGUACAAGUGAUGACACUCCAAAUGUUUCAAAUAUUUUCCUUAAAUUAAAAACAUCUGUGAAAUUAGCACAGUGCAUAUUAAUACCUUAAAAAUCUAUGAAAGUAACUGAGUUUAAAUGUUAAAAAGCAUGUGCUUUCACUUGAAACACUAAGGAAAACUACUGAAAGUAUUUAGUUUGCUAAGCAGUGGCUCCUGAGUUUAAUGCACUAAACCUGAAUUUGACAGAGUAAUUUCUAAGAGAGAAAAGUAAUAAUUUCUUCUCAAAUUAUUUGAAUAAUUCAGGAAAUGAAUAGUUUGUUUCUGGUCACUGGGUUUUAGAAAGAAGAAAUCUCAUCCUCCUGCACUUUUGGAACUCAAUAUUUGUAUGGAAAAAAAAAUGGUCUUGCUUUUCCAUUCCUGACUGGACGAUCUGUUCAAAUAAGAAUCUAAGUCAUCUCAUAACUUUUUCCUAAAGUAAAAACUAAGAGCAUGAAGAAACAUGAAUGUGAGGAAUCAUGAACAAAGUCAUUAACUAUUUUUAGAACGUUCUGAUUAGUAAAAAUCUUUGUUAAAAUGAUGUUCUGUUGCACAUCACUCCGAUUUAGUGAAAAAGCUAUUUUUCUUCUUAAAGAAAAAAAAAGAAGAGGGAAAAGGAGAAAUGGCAAACAAGAUUAAAAGAGAUCAUUUAAGCCCAGGUUUCCUGCUUGUUUUCAGGUCCAUCCCACCCAUUCUAUCGCUGUUGUGUGUUCAGGGAUGCUCAGGACGACAGACAUUCCUCACGGGAAGCAGCUCGGUUCCAAAGCGUGAAAUCAAAGCUGUGAGCAAAUUCGUAGAGUUUUCAAAAUAUUAGCUAUUGCCAAAAAAAAGCAUCAAAGCACUACUUGCUACUGACCGGGAAUUUCAGUGUUUUAAAGGAAGCGCUUUUUAAUCUAGUUCAUUGCUGUACUUACAAACAGAUUUCUGUUGGUCUGCUUGCUUGUUUGUUUGCUCACGAACCUCAGAGCAGGGCACACUCAUGCUCAGAUGGGCAGAGUCGAACUGACAUCUCUCACAACCCCCAGUUACGUUACACAUUUUUUGAAGAAACAGCAAUCUUUGAAUGAAAAAUGACUUAAAAGCAUCUCAAAAUAAGGCAGCAAGAAAAAGAAACAGCUUUAUUUGGGAAACACCACUGAGUUCCCAUCAACCUGUAAGACGUGUGCUUAAUUGCCCUCCUGUAGCUUUGUCAGAUCGCGUUUCUGUUGAAGGCAGGUGGUGAUUAAACUACACAGCAAAGAGACUUCCUUUGAUCUAUGUAAACGAAUGUAUAUGUAUAAACUAUGCAUUUUCAUCCAGCUGCAAGUCGCAUCUCUAAGUGGUUAAAAUCCAGCCUUUUCCUCUACGUUAGUAACUCCCAAACUCCAGGAGAUGAAGGUGCUCCCAUCUUUUUUAGCACAUCCUUCUCUCCUGUCUUGCUUCUGUGCGUUGCAGAGGCAAGAUGUGUGGUUGAGCAGAGGGCUACGGCUGCUGCUCCAACUCCAGCACCUCUUCCACAGCCAGGCAGCAGAGUGGGACCAGCAGCUGCUGCCUCACAUGGGGUCAGUGGGAGUUUGCAGCAGUGCUAGAAGAAGCUAUGCCAAGGAGGCCACUGCAGACUGGGUUUACAGCCCCCGCUGUCCCCUUGUGAGAGCCCUUUCGGCCACCACAGCCCCAGGUCUGUCCUUACCUCUCCACCCAGGAGCCUUCUCUGGCUGCGGUCAGCUGGCAACGCUCACAGCACGCAAUCCUUCAUAGUGAGCGCUGGCGGGCUUCAGGAGAGGAAGGGCCAGGCCCUGGUCCGAGCGCAUCCCUGCUAGAAGGAAUUAGGAGAGGUGAAAAAUGGAGGUCUUGUUCUGGUAGCUGACGUAAUAAAAUGAAGGAAAAAGGCGCUGCAUGCAAUGUUGUUAUUGACAUUUCAGGUUGUUGCUGUAAUAUUCAUCAGCCCGGUCUGGUCAGUGAAUUAAGUGUGUUUCGUAUGGUUUAUCUUGCAGGAAGAAAGACCAAAAAUAAAUAAAUAAAUAAAUAAAAAUAUAUAAAAGGAUCCUUGCUUUAAAGUAAAGCAAGCGUGGACUAAAUCAAAUCUUUCUCUCUUUAUUAUGCAACCUAUUCAAAUAUUUGAUACUAGUAUGGCAGCAUUGGUAUUUUUAUCUAUCCAGAGAUGUGCACUCAUUUAGGUUAUGCUUGACUGAGAAAUAUUUUUGCAGUAUGUAUUUGUAUUUGAUGGGCCGAGGCCCUUCAUUUUAUAUUCUUUACAAGAAUUAGCAUGGAAAUGAUGCUUCCCCAUUUACUGAGCUACCUGACCAUCCCAGCUGCCUGUUUGCAUACAAAAUGUUUCCAGGACUUUUGGAUUUUGGUUUGGUUUGGUCUAACCACCGUCCUUCUUUAAAAAAAAUAAGUAAAUGCAGUGCUUAAUAGAAAAGCAUAUUCCUUACCAGGGCCCCUGCGAGGUGAUGCAGAGAACCCACUGAGAUGAUGAAAAUGCUCGAGGCCAGGUCUCCGCAGGUUCUCAGCGGGCACAGCUCCCAUGGCUGUGAGCGUGUUCACCAGCAGAGGACCUGCCCCCGGGAGGGGCCUGCAGAGCCGUGGGGUGCUCGGUGUGCUGCGGGGGCUCUCUGGAGCUGCCACAUCCUCCUAGCAGGACGUGGCCUGUAACAGCAACAGAAGGACACUGCCGCAUCUCUCUGCACGCCGCACUGUCCUGCGGGUCUGCUGUGGCUCCGGCUGCACCCUCAGCUCAGAGCUCUGACCGCAGCGCUCGGGCUUUGGCGUCACUUAAGAUCACAGAGGUAACUUUCUAAAUGAGAAAGAGCUUCCAACUCCGGCACUAAUGGAAAUACUGAAUACUUUUAAUAUAUAUAUAUAUAUAUUUGGAAAGUAUUUGAAAAAAAAAAAAAAAAGCGUGUUUUUUUAUACGACUUUUAGCCAAAUAGAAGCAUUCUGAUUAUUACUUCUGUGGACAGCUGUCCAUCUGUAAAUAAAUUCCUAUGUUCAGGUACACGAACCUGAAGAAAAAAUAAUAAUAAAGACUGUUCACUGGCUAUGCGCUUUGCUAGCUCUUGGUUCCUUUGUACAUAAGAGGUAACUGUUUAAACGUUGGGUGGGUUUUUUAUUUAACUGCUGUUCCUCUAAAGAAAGAAGAAGAAAAAACCUUUUGAAUUUGUUUUCUCUUUUCUGAGUCAAUACAAAGAUUUUCUAACUUUUUACUGCAGAAAUGGAUAAAUCCGUGGUGCUAUGUGAAUCUGAGAGUGGAACUGGCCAUAGCAGACACACCAGUUAGGAUGCACUUUUCCUGUGGCACACAAUGUAUUUUCUCAGAAUGGACUUUCAAAGGACCAUCAGAUGUUUACAUUUCUUCUCGUUGCCCCAGAUAGUUUUGGAUAUUGAAAUAACUUCCAAAAAUAGAGAAAGACGUGAUGCAUUACCGAUGCGAUGAAUCCUUACGUCUAGGUAUUUACAACAGGUUUGUACAAAUACCAUUUUAGAGAUAGUUGAAAUAUUGGGCUUUCAUACUUUGUAACGCUUUGAUGUGACAAUAAAUAUGCUGUUGCUAUCUAUCUAGUCUAACCUCAUUGUAGAUCUGUAAUUUCCUGUUUAUGGUUAUGUCAUGAAUUGCACUGGCUUGACUUCAGCCAAAUACUGACUGUUCAGCUGAAAUAUUCCGACUGUUAUGACAUCCACAAAACAUUAAUUAAAUGCACUUGUAACCUACUACUGAGGAGUAUGUCACGUUAUUCAUGUAAUAAAACCCAUAUGUAUAACUUUU